UUUUGACUUCAAUGUCCAAGUAUGUUUAUAAGGAGAUAUAUAACGCUUAUGUGUUUAUGAAUAUUGUAAUCAAUAGUCAGCGUCGAAAAGAGUAGCCUUUUCUCACGGAGCAGCGGAGUUUUUCUUUUCACCUGUCGUAAUAUUUAUGAUCGGGAUCAAAAGUCGAAAAAUAAAUGACCCGGAAGUGAACAGGUGUCGCACUGUGACGUCAAACUUUCACGUACAGGCCAGUGUCAUGCCAAGGAUGUGAUUGUAAUGCAUGAAUGACAACUCCUUUUACUUUUUAUUCGCCGCAUAUCGAUUUUUUCGGAAAUUCCUCUAUUUGGUUUAUUCACCAAUUGUAAAAAAUAAAUUCUGGGUUAUCUAAAAUGAAUGGAAAAGUUACGUUUAUUUUGACUGUCGUAUUCAUAGUCUCAAGCUGUUUGGUGAUAGAGAGUAUCUCAGAACCGAUCAGCGAUGUGUCGGAGAGUUCUAAAGAGCACGAUGCUAAAAAGAAUGAGGAGAGUUCAGAUGAGGGAUCUAUUAUCCACAUGCUGAGGAAGAGGAAGGGGAACCUAGGAUUCCUCCAUGCGUUUAUCGCCUCCCUGUCCGUCAUCAUCGUGUCGGAGCUCGGCGACAAGACGUUUUUCAUCGCCGCCAUCAUGGCAAUGAGACAUUCACGUCUGACGGUGUUCUCCGGAGCUCUGGGUGCUCUAGGGUUAAUGACAGUUCUGUCUGCACUUCUUGGAUAUGCUACCACCAUCAUACCAAAGAAAGUGACUUACUACGCUUCAACAAUCCUGUUUGCGGUGUUUGGAAUAAAGAUGAUAAAAGAGGGUUAUGAGAUGUCCCCUGAUGAAGGACAAGAAGAGUAUGAAGAAGUACAAGCUGACCUGAAGAAGAGAGAGGAAGAGUUAGAGAAGCAGAAUACUCCUGUGGAGGACAUAGAAACAGGAAUAAUACGUACACCAGGGCGCCGCUGGUUCCAGGGAAUUCUGGGAACCAUAUUCCUACAAGCAUUUACGCUGACGUUUUUAGCAGAAUGGGGGGAUAGAUCUCAAAUUACAACCAUUGUUUUAGCAGCUAGAGAGGAUGUUAUGGGGGUCAUUAUCGGGGGUACUCUGGGUCACGCUAUCUGUACCGGUAUAGCGGUGUUAGGAGGGAGGAUCGUAGCUCAAAAAAUUUCUGUUAGAACAGUAACAUUAAUAGGAGGAGUAGUCUUUCUCGUGUUCGCAUUGUCCGCGUUCUUUGUGCCGGUACAUGACUUAUGAUGAGAGCCUAGUCUUCUAUAUAAACCAUCUGACACUUCAUACUCACCAACAGCAGUGGAAACAAUCAACACAGAUAUUACUAACUUAUAAAAACUACUGGCCAGUCAGCAGUGCUGAUAUUACUGAGUAUAAAAACUACUGACCAGUCAGCAGUGGGGGAUUUCCAGAUUAUAUCUGCUGAUGUAUACCCUCUGCCACUGCAGUGCAUGUGUUCUAUCUCCUCAGUAUACUCUGGCUAGUGGCAAAUUGUAUCUCAAUUUAUAACACCAUGUAAUAUCCCAAAUGUCAAAAGUUUAGCUGGGAUUUUCAAAUGUAAACACAAUGCAAUAGUUAGGUUAUAAUUUGUUCAGAUUUUCUGGGUUAUUUGGUUUGUUUGUU